AUGGCCAGAGUUUCAUUUGACAUUUAUCGAUAGAUGCAAUUGCACUCGAUAUGCGUAACUUGAAACUGUGAUAGCACUAGAGUCCAAGCAAAACAAACGACGCUCAACAUAAAUAUUGCAAACAUGGAUAUUUGCCGGGUUUGUCUCAACAGCACAGUUACGCUUGUGGACAUAUUUGCCAAGCGUGAGCAAGUCGAUCAGGCCAAUCCGGAGCCCUGCCUGGCGGAUAUGCUCAACGAGAUCGCCGUGUGUCACGUUAAGCUCGACGAUACAUUUCCGCAACACAUUUGCCUCAGCUGCGUGCUGGGCGCUCAAAAUGCCUGGCGAUUCAAAAACAAAUGCGAAUCCAGCUACAAACAGUUAAUAGCAAUUAAGGAGCAGCAGCAACAAAAAGAACAACAACUACAGCAACAGCAGGAGCAACAAUUGAAAGCCAAAGAAGAAAUUGUGUGUGAAGAAAGUAAAGUCAUUGAAAUCAAGCUGGAACCGCUUGAAGUGGAAAAGGAAACAACAACCCAAGCGAUUACCUUAAAGCCCUACAAAUGUGGCAUGUGCAGCAAAGCAUUUGCUGAUGUCACCAUAUUGCGAGUGCACAAGAAGUGGCAUGCAGAGAUCCGGAGUAAAGCACAAGCGGCCGUGGCACAAGUGACGCGAAAACCAAUUGAGAAACUACAGAAAACAGUCAAAACCAAAAAGAAGGAGAUAAAAAAGUUUCGCAAGAGAACUGCGGAUACUUCAGAUCGACCAUUUAAGUGCACCGAAUGCAAUCAAGGCUUUUUCAAGAAUUUACACUUAACGCGGCAUAUGCGAAUACAUACCGGGGAAUGUCCCUACGAAUGUCCUUAUUGUUCCGAGGCCUUUUACAGAAGCGACUAUCGUAAAAGGCACAUCGAGUAUGAGCACAGAGUGACCGAUCCUGCACCCAAACUAAGGUCAAGGCGGGCGUCAAAGUGAUGAUGAUUGGCCUAGGAGUUGAUUUAGGAAUAACCAUAAACAUGUACCAUAAAAAAGGAAGAACCUCAAUUGCUUAAUGUUGGAGUUUAGAAGCCAAAACAAGAUUUUAAAUAGAAAACACAGUAUCAAUAUUUUAAAUAAUAGCAAAUCUUUGUAAAAGGUUUUCAAGAAAAUGAUUCACGACGUCUCAUUGUUGAAAUUCAAUGCGUAAAUUUGAUUACCGAACGUUAUUUAACAAGCUAUAUUUUAAUUAUAUUAUAUAUUUUAAUUAAAAUAAAUAACUUAAGAAAACCAUUUCAUUUUGCAACUUUUCCGCAAUACACUUUGUUGAAUCUUGAAUCUCAAGAUAUAGUCGCAGUCACUUUCCAUCCACUCCGAUUUUGAGAUAAAUCUGGAUUCGACAAGAUCUCACAAUAAAUUAUUAAAAAGGAAUCUUCAUUUAAAUUUUACAUAAUUACAAAUUUAUUUACUCAACUGCUAUUUACAUUCGUGUGUGUUUUGUACAUUUAAAUUAAAUAAAAUAUAUAUAUAUAUAAAUAAUACACAAGAAACUAAAAACGUACAAAAAAUAUUGCAUUUCUUAAACGGUUUCGUGUUUUGCUUUUCUUUUUUUUUAGUUUUUUUUGGUUUUUGUUUUAGCAAAAGGAAAAAGGGCGAAAAGCCAAGGGAAGUUUGAUUAUAUCAGCAACUAAAGUCACACGAAGAGUAUGCUAAUCACGUUAAACUUAACGACUAUAUAUAUAUAUAUGUAUAUAUAUAUAAUUACGACUUUAUACAUGCACAUUUACACAUACAUACAUAUAGAGAUGACUUACAAAACUAUCUGGGAGGGGGAACUGCUAAGAUUCUCACGCACAUAUAUAAAUAUUUUUAUAUAUAUAUCUGUCAAUAAAUUAUACAUAUGUGUAAAAAAAUAUAUAUAUAGAUCAUUUGACGCGCUGACUGACAUACAUAUAUAUAUAGAUAGAUUUAUAUAUCUAUAUCGGAAACUACUAUUGUGUUAAAGCUCGACACGCGGACGAAACUGCAAACGUAAUGGAGGAUCUCGAAAACGCCAACGCGUCACAUAGACGAAUUUCAGUGUGUGAUCCUUGCCCAACAACUCCUCAUUACACAGUAUAUCGAUCUGUAAUUAAUUUGCAUAAGUAUAUACAUAAAUAUUUAAACAUAUUUACUUAUGAAUGCUGCACUCACUUCACGAUACUUUUCAAUGCCGUUGAGUAUCUUUUUUGGCGACGAGCUUCUUGAGAUGCGUGAUCGUCGCCUGCGAGCUGCAGCGUAUGAAACGU